GGCUGAGCACGGCGGGACCCGCGACCCCCCCAGCAAGAUGACGUCCUCCACCAAGGUGUACUACAGCCAGACCACGCAGACCGACAGCCGCCCGCUGAUGGGGCCGGGGCUGCGGCGGCGCCGCGUGCUGACCAAGGACGGCCGCAGCAACGUGCGCAUGGAGCACAUCUCGGACAAGCGCUUCCUGUACCUCAAGGACCUGUGGACCACCUUCAUCGACCUCCAGUGGCGCUACAAGCUCCUGCUCUUCUCCGCCACCUUCGCCGGCACCUGGUUCGCCUUCGGCGUGGUGUGGUACCUGGUGGCCGCGGCGCACGGCGACCUGCUGGAGUUCGAGCCGCCCGCCAACCACACGCCGUGCGUGAUGCAGGUGCACACGCUGACCGGCGCCUUCCUCUUCUCCCUGGAGUCGCAGACCACCAUCGGCUACGGCUUCCGCUACAUCAGCGAGGAGUGCCCGCUGGCCAUCGUGCUGCUCAUCACCCAGCUGGUGCUCACCACCAUCCUGGAGAUCUUCAUCACCGGCACCUUCCUGGCCAAGAUCGCGCGGCCCAAGAAGCGCGCCGAGACCAUCAAGUUCAGCCAGAACGCGGUGGUGGCGCAGCACGACGGCAAGACCUGCCUGAUGAUCCGCGUGGCCAACAUGAGGAAGAGCCUCCUGAUCGGCUGCCAGGUCACCGGCAAGCUGCUGCAGACCCACCUCACCAAGGAGGGCGAGAGCGUCCGGCUCAACCAGCUCAACGUGGACUUCCAGGUGGACACGUCCUCGGACAGCCCCUUCCUCAUCCUGCCGCUGACCUUCUACCAUGUGGUGGACGAGGCCAGCCCGCUGCGGGACGUGUCCCUGCGCUCGGGGGACGGCGACUUCGAGCUGGUGGUCAUCCUGAGCGGCACCGUGGAGUCCACCAGCGCCACGUGCCAGGUGCGCACGUCCUACCUGCCCGAGGAGAUCCUGUGGGGCUACGAGUUCACGCCGGCCAUCUCGCUGUCGGCCAGCGGCAAGUACGUGGCCGACUUCAGCCUCUUCGACCGCGUGGUCAAGGUGGCGGCGCCCUGCUGUCACCACGAGGCCGUGCGGUUCGGGGACCCCGAGAAGGUCAAGCUGGAGGAGUCGCUGCGGGAGGCGGAGCGGGAGGGGGAGGGGGCCCCGCUCAGCGUCCGCAUCAGCAACGUCUGAGGGGGGACAGAGAGGUGACGUCGGCGCCGGGGUGGUGGCACCAGGGCGAGGGGUGGCCCCCAGGUGGCACCGGGGCGAGGGGGUGGUGGUGGAUGGUGGAGGUGUCGCCGUGUCUGGAGGUAUCGCCAGGUUCAAGGGGACAGCAACAUCUGGGGGUGUCACCAGCCUCAAAGGGACAUCAACAUCUGGGGGUGUCAACGGAUUCAAGGGGACACCAACAUCUGGGGGUGUCACCAGCCCUAAAGGGACACAAACAAUUGGAAGUGUCACCAGUGCUGGAGGUGCCACCAGCCCCAAAGGGACACCAACAUCUGGGGGUGUCACCAGCCCCAAAGGGACAUCAACAUCUGGAGGUGUCAAUGGAUUCAAGGGGACACCAACAUCUGGGGGUGUCACCAGCCCCAAAGGGACAUCAACAUCUGGGGGUGUCACCAGAUUCAAGGGGACACCAACAUCUGGAGGUGCCACCAGCCCUGGAGGUGUCAUCAAGUCUGGAGGUGUCACCAAUGCCUGGAGGUCUCACCAGCCUCAGAGUGUCACCAGAUCUGGAAGUGUCACCAGUCCUGAAGGUGCCACCAGCCCCAGACUGUCACCAGCACCUGGAGGUGUCGCCAGCCUCAGAGUGUCACCAAGUCUGGAUGUGUCACCAGCCCCAAGGGGACACACAUAGCUGGAGCUGCCACCAGUCCCAAAGCGUCACCAACCCCUGGAGGUGUCACCAACAUCUGGAGGUGCCACCAGUCCCAAAGUGACACCAGUGUCUGGAGGCAUCACCAAUGCUUGAAGGUGACAUCAGCCCAGACGUGACACCAAUCCCAAGAUGCCACCAAUGCCUGGACCACUGGAGGUGCCACCACCAACAUCUGGAAGUGCCACCAGCCCCAAAGUGCCACCAACACCCAGAAGAGCCACCAGCCAAGACUCCACCAAUGCCUGGAGGUGUCACCAAGCCCUGGAGGUGCCACCAGCCCCAAAGUGCCACCAAGCCCUGGAGGUGACACCAGCCCCAAAGUGCCACCAAGCCCUGGAGGUGACACCAGCCCCAAAGUGCCACCAAGCCCUGGAGGUGCCACAAGCCCUAAGAUGGCACCAGUCCCCGGAGGUGACACCAGUCCCCGGUGCCCCAAAGUGCCACCAACCCCUGGAGGUGACACCAGCCCCGAAGUGCCACCAACGCCUAGAAUUGCCACCAACCCCUGGAGGUGCCACCACCCCUGAAGUGUCACCAACCCCUGGAGGUGCCAC